AUGGGACCGUGCAUGGAAGACCUGACGUACAAGAGCACGGAACGCCUCUUGUUCGACCCAUCGCUGAGGACGAGCCACGCCCCGGUCUGCCACCGCGCCGCGCUAGAGUGA